UUAAUACAGAAAAAUUACAUUUAUUCAUGUUUCUGCAAUUUUUUAAUAAAGUUUAUAACCUGUUGCAAAUGUACUUCAUUACAUUGCAUUGUGCGCUGCUAUCUUAUAACUAUAGCAUGCAAUAACAUAACCUUUAAGUUGCCAAACAAAUAUACAAUGCGACCGCAAAAAUUCCGACUUCCAUGCAGCGCAGGAAGUUUUGUACACACAGAUAAAAAGGUAGUGAUAGUAUCUGUAUUUGGAAAGUCACAAUAUAGUGCAAAAGGAUGCAAGACCAACAUGCUCAGUUCAAUCCUGCAGGUGAGCCUCCUGGAUGAACCAGAGGUAGAAGAAGAAUCAUUUUGUGAGAUUGAGGGAUACUACGAUUCUAAAGAUAGAACUAUAUACUUGCAUUUAAGAGGAUUAUUAGAUACACACACCCUUUUAACAAAAUAUGAUAAGUUCUUAGAAAAACAGGACUGCAAGGAUUUCCUUAGUGUAUGGGCACACAUGAGAGACAAAUAUGCUAGAGCACUACUUGUUUUAUUUCACAUAUCGCAUGUUAUUAUUCUUACUCAUCCGACUCACACAUUUGACUAUAGUUAUAUACAUUUAUUCAGAGCCAUGGAUAUGGUAAGACAAAAGGUUUCUCCACAACUUUCUGAUGUCCUAAGUUCCAUAUACAGUUUACCUAAGGACUGGGUAUCAAAUGUUAGACCCUGCUCUCCUAGGGUUUUAUUCUAUUUUGAAACUUGUCCCACUGUGUUUCAAGAUCCUGCCAGUGGAGCUAAUAUCAAGAAACUGGAGCAUUCCUUAGAAGAUCAGAUAUACCAAGUAUUAAGGAAAAAUCGAAUAGUAACCAAUAUUAGCUCAAAUUCACUGUUUGCAAUUCCUGCAAAUCAAGAAUUCGUAUAUGUACACACUGGUACGACAGAAUCCAGAGAUAUUCUGGGCUACAUGGCAAAGAAGCUCAUACAGAGUUGCAAAGUUAGCUCUGGAGGAAGUACUUCAAGGAGUUUGGCUAGUCAGGAUUCCAAUAUUCAAAUAGAGGAUACAGAAACUGAAACUCGUUCCUUUAGAUCAUUUCUACAACAGCAUAUAAACCUAGCCUUUGCAAGAGGUUUUGAUGACAAUGUUGGAAGACAUUCUGUACCUGCCUAUUUUGAGAUACCUAAUGUUACAAUAUUCUGUGAAGUGGCAAACAAAGUAUACGACUAUUUUAUACAUGGAACAGAUAAAGAACUACUAACAUUACACAGCUUGUUAGAUACUGAUGUAAAGUUCAGCAAGAGCAGAUGCAGCAAAGUACUCCCACGAGCCCUCCAGGCUUACCAAGAGAACCUACCGCAACACUACACAAGAGCAUAUCAUGAAACAAAAUUGGCACAUGCAAUGGGUGUCUUUGAGAUGCAUGCACGAGGCCCUUUGUUUGAAGAGUUUAAUGAAAAGCUACAGGCCGAAUGCGAGAAGCACUGGAGAUCUGGGAGGCAGAUGUGCGAAGUACUGUCUCUGACAGGGAAUCCUUGCACGAAUCCGAUACACAGAGGUGGAAGUGAGGGCGCUGGAGGCGGGGAACAAACGGAACAAAGAGAGAAUGACAAUGACUUACCAAUUAGGGAACAUUGUAGCGGAGUUCGAUACAUCUGUGCUUGUAAUUGUGGUCGUUGUCAGGGUUCAAGGGAGGACCCAUUCAGUCUGAGACAGGCCAACUAUGAUUAUUUUCAAAUGCUAGCUAAGCAAUGUGGAUGUGCUCAGUUAGAGAACAUACAGUUUCCUGUUUUCCAACCAAGCACUCAUAAUUAUAGGCCUGCACAGUUGUUUUCUACUAAACGAGAGGACUCUUUCACUCAUGCAGAAUCUCCAACAUCUGAAGGAAAUACUCAAGCUUGCAGCUUAGGAGUUAACACUCUGAAUGAUGAUAUUCGAACUCCAUAUGGAAGUGGAGGACAGUCACCUCCAACGAGUGAAACUAAUGAAGAUGUUCCUAAGCUCAGCAGUAAAACCAGUUUAACACCUAAUGAAGCCCAUAAAGUAGUUAUAGAAGUAUCAGAUAGUGAUGCAGAAAAUGCAAAAGAGAAAUCUCUAGUCAGGCAGCCUUCAACAACAGAGUAUCUACCAGGAAUGUUACAUACAGAAUCACCAGCUGGUUUAUUGCCACAAUUCUCUAGCUGGUCUCUAGUUUGCCUUGGACCAAGUAGCCUAUACUCUCAUAAUUUGGGUUUACAACACCAAGCUGGUGUUUUAGCCACUUCCGCUUUUCUUUUACCAUGGGAUGUGACUGUUAGACUAGAGCAUCAAAAAGAAAGAGGCUCUUUGUGGCCUACUAUAGGUGAUCAUGGAACCCAUAACUAUUGUCCGAGAGGAAAGAAUUUUCAAAAUAUGAAUACUAUUCGUGGUCGGAAAUCAAAAGGCGGAAAGGAAUUUGUAGUGAAAAUAUUUGUGGGAGUGGAAUACGAGUGUCCAAGAGGACACAGAUUUAUGGCGUCUGCGCCGGAUAAGGUUCUGAAGGCUACUGGAAAUGGGAUUGUGAAGGACAGUGGAAAUAAAGUCACAUCCAGUACUGCGGACAUGCCGCUCUAUUUUCCCUGUCCUUGUCGGCAAACAAAGCCUCUAAUAGCUCAAUUAAUGAGAAUUCACGUAGUGACGCCAAAAGCACCUGUUCAUGUUACAGUAAAUCCUAGAGUACAACCUGGACCUCCACCUUGUCCAAUUUUUGUCACUGGUUGCGAUGAACCAAUAAAGUUAUCGCAAAGUGCUUACUGGGUCUUGAGAUUACCAUACGUGUAUAUGGAUGAAAAGGGUCCAUAUUUGGCGCCAAAAGAACCAGUACCAACUUCACACGGAAGACUAUUGGCGGGAAUGUAUGGAAUUAGUGAAGUACUUCCGGAAAAGAAAAUAUAGUAUUCAAAUAUUUCUAGUCAAAAACUGAUUUGUACGAAAUUUGUAAAUUUUGUACAAAUUACUUCUUUUAAAUAGUAAAUUACUUCUUAUAAACAUAUAAGGAUAAUCAAAGUUUAUAUUAUUAUUUAUAAUUUCUAAUUCCAAUUUUAUAACAAAACUCAAUUUGAAUGUAGUCA